UGCGCACAGCCCGGCACCUCUCCUCGCCAUGGCUCCCGGCUGGCUCCUGCCCAUCGCUGCUUUCUGCUGCCUGGGGGGCAUCGCCCUGGGGGGCGCCCCUUGCCACUACCCCCCGCACCAGUGGUGCGGCUCCAGCGAGAUCGCGCAGGCUUGCAAGGCAGAGAAGCACUGCGCCCGGCUGGGCCCCCCCGGGAAGAAAGCUGCCCCCGUCUCCGUCAGCCUCUACUACGAGAGCCUCUGCCCCGCUUGCCGCUCCUUCCUGGUCUUCCAGCUCUUCCCCACCUGGCUUUUGGUGGGCGACGCCAUGGAAAUCACCCUGGUCCCGUACGGGAACGCCCAGGAGAAAAAAGGCCCCUCCAAGUGGGAAUUUGAGUGCCAACACGGCCCCGAUGAAUGCCUGGGCAACUUGAUGGAGGCCUGCCUGAUCCACCUGCUGGGCGACCAGGGCAGCUACUUCCCUCUCAUCUUCUGCAUGGAGUCGAGCGCCAACGUCACCCAGAACUUGGAAACGUGCAUGAGGUUGUACCCGACCAGCGAGAUCCCCCUGGCCAACGUCACGUCUUGCGUGAGCGGAGACCUGGGCAACAAACUCAUGCACCAGAAUGCCCAGCUCACCGACGCCCUCCGCCCGCCCCACAAGUACGUGCCGUGGAUCGCUGUCAAUGGGAACCACACAGAAGAACUCCAGGGUGAAGCACAAUCCAACCUCCUCGGGGUCAUCUGUAAGCUGUAUAAGGGAGACCUGCCUCCUGCCUGCCAGCACAAAGGCAACUCUUUGCCUGCCUCCCCGCAAGAUGCCUGCCUGAAGAUCUAGCUCCUCUCUCCCCACAACGCCUGGGGCUGGGGCUGCCCCCCUAAAAGCCCCCCAAAAUGCACACGCAACCGCGGUGCCCAUCUCGCCUUGGGUGGGCCGAAGGAAGCAUCUUCCCUGCUACAAUCCGGCCUGUUGUUAUUCCCCUGCGGAACUCCCUGCCACAAGGUCUGGAACCGAGGAGCGGUCGGGGAGGAACGAAAUAAAAGGAGCACCGCCAGGCGUUUCGGGGGUCCGGAACAAGACUCAGGACCGCUUCUCCGAACCUGAUGGGCGAGCGGGAGGCGAGUUCUGAUCCUGCCAUCCUGAAGGAAAAAACGGACACCCUUCCUUUUUGCAAAUUGCAAAAGCACUGCCAGGUUGUUAUUUUACCUUCUCUCUCCCCAAAAUGGAAAUUGUGCCUUUGAAAAAAACAAAACAACACCACUCCAAACUG